AUGGAUUCCAAUCGAAGCCGCAAACGCCCUCGCACGGGGGCGUUCAAGAAGGGAUCCUUGAAGAGGAUCAAACUUGAAAAUUUUAUGACCUACAAAAAAGCUGAGGUCGUGGCCAAGCCCAGCUUGAACGUCAUCUUGGGGCCCAACGGCACCGGAAAGAGCUCCCUCGUUUGCGCCCUGUGCCUGGGACUGGCGGGCAGGCCAAAGCUCCUAGGAAGAGCGGACAACUUGAGAGACUAUGUCUUGAGGGGAAAGAAGGGCGGAAGUGUCGAAGUGACGAUCAGUGGGGGCGGGGAAGAAAGGGACAAGACAAUUAGGAGGGAACUAAAUUCCAAGGACAACACCUCCACCUGGACGAUUGAUGAAAAGCCAGCCACAAUGGCUGAAGUUGAAAAAUUGAAGGACAGAAUGAAUAUCCAAUUGGACAACCUGUGCCAGUUUCUUCCACAGGAUCGAGUUGUGGAGUUUGCACGCCUCAGCCCAACUGACCUGCUACUCGAAACUGAGAAGGCCAUCGGCAAUUCCAGGCUGUGUGAACAACACAAGGAAUUGAUGGAGCUGGGUAAGGCUUCCAGACUGCAACGACAGAACAUGGCAGCAAUUGAGAAGGAGCUAGCGAAGGCAAAGCAGUCCCAGGAACACAACGGGCAGGAUGUUGAAAACUAUGAGCUGCGCCAGAGUCUGUUCGAAACAAUCGAGGCAGCAAAAGCCAAAAAACAGUGGGCGGAAGUGCAUGAGAGGGAAAUGAGAUUGGAGGAAAGUAGGGAAAAGCUAGAGGCUGCAAAGCGUGCUGUGGCGAAUGCUGCAGACAAAGAAGAGAAGGCCCUGAAGAGCAUUGCGCCACUGAAGGCUGACAAGGUGCUGUACAUGAAGGAGAAUGACAGCACCAGAAAGCAGUGCGAGAGUGGGGCAUGUGCGAUCAAACGGCUGGGCAAUCAUGCCUCUGAACAGGUGGCAGAGUUGAAAGGUCAUGCUGAAGGUUUGGAGAACGGCGAGGAGGAUUCACAAAAGGUAUGUGAAAAGAUCAAGUCCAAAGAGGACGCACUGGCAAAGGCCACAGAGCAGCUCAAGUCCCUGGGGCAGGUCUCGCCUCAGUACAAGACGAACAUGGACCGCCUGAGGGUCCUUGUGAGCGACUCCAAUACCAAGGCCAGGUGCUACCAAAGGGACAUGGGUCUUGUUGAGCAGGAGCUGUCGCAGGCAAUACGCCACUGCAAUGCAAUCCAAGAUAAGUUGAAACGUCUGAAUGACAUCAAGUUUCAGCGCAUCAGAUAUCUGGAGCAUCGGCGUCCUGCUUUCCGUGGACUGCUGCAGGCCUAUGAAUGGGUGCAGAAGAAUCAGCACCUGUUCCGCUCUCAUGUGUACGGCCCACUAUGUGCCGAAGUGGUUGUGGCGGAUAAACAGAUCGCAGCAUGCCUAGAAGGCACUGUGCCACUCCAUGUGUGGACAUACUUCGUCACACAGACAAGGGAAGAUAGUGACAAGCUUCGGUCAUGCCUGCGAGACCACAUGAGGAAUGGAGGAAGUGUGCUUUGCUACAAUGACGACUCUACCGCGCCCUUGCACCCUCCAAACCAGGCAACGGCGAUUCCCGAGUUCGGCAUCGCUCACACACUUGACGAGGUAUUUGAGGCGCCCAACGCUGUGAAGCAAGUGUUGAACUCUGACGCCGCCAUUAGCAGAUGCUACAUUGGCACCAGGGAGACCCAGGAAUGCCUGGAGGAAUUGCUCCAGUGCCGCCACGAUGUGUCCAGGGUCUGCACGCCAGAUGAGAUUGUGUCUGUAAAGGUUUCGCGGUAUGGGGGAGGUGUACGAUCUACCAUUCACAGGGCGACACCACAACCUGCAUUCCUGACAUUGUCAAGUGGUGGUGACGAGGUGGACAGGCUCCGUAACGACCUGCUGAAAGCCCAGCAGGUCAUGAGGGACCUGCAGGAGCAGCAAGCUGAGCACGAGAAGGACUACAGGCAGGCCAAGCAGAGCUUGGACGCUGCCAAAAAGGAGAAGAAUGAACUCACCAAUAAAGAGCAAAAGAGGAGUGAACAGUGCAAGAAGCUAAAGAUCCAAAUCAAGACGCACGAGAGAGUUCUGCGCAAGCUGCGUAAGCGGAAUAGCCCAAAGGGGGAGGGCUCUGAGUGUGAGCAGGCCCUGGAAGCUGGCAUGGGCGACUACCUGAGGGAGGUGAGGCAUGGGAUGGCAAAGAUCAUGCACUGGUGGCCAGUGUAUGAAGAACACGCAGCUGCAGCAUUGCGCCUUGCAGAAUGCAGCAUGAAGUUAACAGAAAGCACAAAUUCUGCCACCAGCAUGAAGAUAGAUAAGAAGAGACACCAGCGCAUCCAUAAUCAAAUCGUGCACAUCGUCCGCAGUGACGAGCGCAAACUGAGGGAAUCUGAAAAGGAUGCCGAGCACGACUUCCCUCUAUCCCAAGAGCUGGAGGCCAAGUUUAGAGAAUUGCCAGAUGACGAUGAAGAUCUGGAGGAUUUUAUUGAAGAGACACAGAUGCAGGCCAACGGCAUUGUCUGUGCGAACCCUGCUGCGGCCCAGCGGUAUAGGGCCAAUCUGCAGACCAUCAGCAGACUUGAGAAGGAACUGCGGGAGCAAUCUGUACAGCUGCAGGACCUGGAGGCCAUGAUUGCAACCCGCAAGGAUGAAUGGCUGCCCGACCUCCGCAAGGUGGUUGAGAAGAUCAACAAGACAUUCAGCAGAAAUUUUGCAAAGAUCGGGUGUGCAGGCGAAGUCCGGCUUGCCGGAGAAGAUCAGUACACAGACCAAUACGACAAAUACGCAGUGGAAAUCUUGGUGAAGUUCAGAGAGGAGGAAGACUUGGAACCUUUGGAUGCCACACGCCAGUCUGGUGGAGAGCGCUCAGUGGCCACAAUGCUGUACCUGAUCUCUCUGCAGGACGUGACCGAGACGCCCUUCAGGGUGGUGGAUGAGAUCAACCAGGGCAUGGACGCGAAUAACGAGCGGAAGGUGUUCAAUCAGCUGGUGGAGAGCGCCAGCCUGCCUGGCACGCCACAGUGCUUCCUGAUCACGCCCAAGUUGCUGCCCAACCUGUCCUAUUCGGACUCGGUCACUGUCCACACGCUGUUUAACGGCCCCAACAUAGAGUCGGUGGGAGCACUUGAGGCCUCGGAACAGCUUGAGAAGCUGUGCGGCUGCCGGAUUCGGAAAGCAAUACCUGUUUGA